AUGAAACGAUACAUUCGUUUAAAUAGUUAUAAAUAUAUGGACAAACAAAAUGAAAAAAAUUCAAAUAGAUAUAUCCCCAAUUUUAUUAACUCUAACUACAAAAAUGGAAUAGAGAAUAGUCAAAUUAUUUUUGAAAAAAAUUUUAAACACAAUAAAAUUUUAUCACAAUUUGGGAAAAUAAAAAAUAAACUAAUAUAUCCUCUACAAUUCGAACUUAAUGAAAAAAAUGGAAAUAUUCUAAAAUAUACGAAACCGAUUUUAAAAAAAAGAAUUAAAAAUAUCACCAACAAUGGAAUCAAAGCCAAUAUUAGAAAUAAAUUAAUAACUAAAAUAAAUGAACCCAAUUUGAAAUCUUUAUAUUUGGAAAAAUUACAUUAUUCGUCAAAUUUGAAUGUUAAUAAUGAAGAGAAAACAAACAAUAAAUUUAAAGAAAUAAUUAAAAAAAAUAUUAAUAAUUAUAUUAUUUUUUCACGAUUACAUAUUCCAACUGGUACAUACUUAACAUUAUAUACAUCCUUGUGGGGAUAUUUGUUAACAUAUGAUGUUAAUAAAUUAUUUUUAGUAAAUCAUGAAAUAUAUUCAAGUGAAAUAAAUAUAGAUGAAAUUAAAAAUAUUAUUAAAAAUUUAUGUUUGUUUACUUUUGGGGCAUAUAAUAUUAGAACUUUUGGCUGUAUGAUUAAUGAUUUUUUAGAUAAAAAUUAUGAUAAACAUGUUGAAAGGACAAAGAAUCGGCCAUUAGCAGAUGGAUCUAUAACUACUUUCAAAGCUUUAGUAUAUAUGUUUAUACAUUCUUCUUUAUCUCUUUUAGCAUUAUUUCAAUUUAGUAAUGAAACAAUAUAUACAGGUUUAUUUUCCUCUCUAUUUAUUGUUACAUAUCCACUAUUAAAAAGAAUAACAUAUUAUGCCCAACUAUAUUUAUCCUUUACAUUUAAUUUAGGUUUUUUUAUAGCAUCAAGUGUGAAUAUAAAUAUAUUGGAAAAUUUAUUUCCAUUAAUUAUAAGUUUUAUUCCAUUAUGUUAUUUGACAAUUAUUUACGAUACAAUAUAUGCACAUCAAGAUAAAGCUGAUGAUAUUAAAUUAAAGUUAAAAUCGCUAGCUAUAAAAUGGGAUAAAAAUACUAUAAAAUAUUCGAAAAUAUUAAUUGCUAACAUGACAUAUUUACUUUAUAUGUCAGCAUAUUUAUUUGAUAUGCAUUAUUCUUAUUAUAUAUUCACAACAUUUAAUGUUGCUUAUUUAUACUAUUUGAUUAAUCAUGUUUCCAUCGAUGAUAAAGAAAAAUGUAUGAAUUUUUUCAAAAAAUCGAAAAAUGUUUUAUUCCUCUUUUUUAUCGCUUCAUUAACUGCAAAAAUGUUUGAAGCUUUGGAGAAAAGCCAUGAUAAAUGA